AUGACCACUCAAGAAAGUGAACGUUCGACGCUAAGGGUUCCGUAUUUCAAGAAUAACAAAGCGUGGAACCUGAUAGAUUUUUUGCAUUGGAGUAUAGUGCGUAUAAGCGAUUUCGGAAAAAAGGAGGAGGAGCACCAAAGUCUGGAGUUAUUAGAAACUUGUAACAAUAAAUCCGCAAAAGACUCGGGGAAAGAAAAGAAUGAAGCCAAAUUUGAUACCGAUUCAAGCGAUACACUAUCGGAUGACAGUAAUGAAAAAAAUCUUGAUGAAUCAGAGAUGGAAGAGGUACCAACAAUUUUAUACUUUCUAAGUACCAAGAGUUCUAUCCCGCCCGAAACGAUUGAUCCUAGUUCAGGAAACCUUUCGCAUACAUCUGAAGAAACUGGUCUCGAAAGAAAGUUUGAAAAUUUGAAUAUUAAAAAUGCACAUAAAGAGCCUGUUAAUGAACAAUAUCCCGAGAAUGUAUCCAAAAGUCCGGAUCUCAAAGGCUUUGUUGAAAAACUAGGUCUUGAUGACGAAUAUUUUUUAAAGGAUAAAGAUAAGUUAAAGAAAUUCUAUGACUUCGUUGGCCCUAACUUUGUUUGGCCAUCCACAAUGAAUAUCCACGACCAUCGUGAGGUCUUUAGUUACGUUGUUGAUCCUGACUGGGAAGUUGGUGAAGAGAUUGCAACAAAUGCCAUUGCAUAUCGUCGUCUACUUGAAUCUAAAAAUCCUGAUGCAUCAAAAGGAACACAUAUAUUACUUGCUCAUGGUGAGAUAGUACGUUAUGGAGAGGAAAUAAGUUCUGAUGAAUACGAAAAACUUGCUGAAGAAUAUCCAGGAAUGUUUUAUGUUCCUAUUGUUAGUAGAGAACCCAUUGUAAUACGCAGAUUUUCUGCAAUCAAUGAUACCACAAGAAAGGAAUGGCAGGUUCAUAUUCGUCUUCAGAAUCCAGAUCGUUCAGAUCAAGUGAGCAUGACAAAUAAUGAGAAUAGUUUCCGAAUGGUCAUUGAUACUGGAUCAACAUCAACAGUUAUACCAUUUUUUUUAAGGCAAAAGUUACGUAAUAGCCGAAAAAGUUGGAGUCUUAAUGGUAAUUCUAUCUCUGGAUAUGGUGCAGGUGUUCGUAUUUAUCAA